AUGUCACCUCGGAUAGCAGAGAAAUUGCCAUGCUCGUCCUGCCGAAAUCAGACUGCUGUCAAAUUGGUCGUCGUCGAUUGCCCUCCUGUGGUCGAAGUACUGAUCCGACGACCCAGUCUGCAAUACCAGUUAGGAUUUAGCGUGCAAGACGGUAUCAUAUGCAGCCUGCUUCGGGGUGGAAUCGCUGAACGUGGCGGAAUCCGUGUGGACCACCGUAUCAUUGAGAUCAAUGGUCAGAGUGUCGUGGCCGUGUCCCAUGAGCGCAUUGUUCACAUGCUUGCCAAUGCUGUCGGUGAGAUACAUAUUCGCACAAUGCCAACUUCCGUCUUUCGACUGCUGACUGGCCAGGAUACACCAAACUAUAUUUGA